UUUUAAUUAAAGGUGAAUAUCAUUUUCUAAUUAUUAUUAGUUAUUGCAGAUAUUCGGAAUUUAUGUUUCCAAUCGGAAUUGCAUGGUGAGAAGAGUAUUGCGAUUUCUGUUUCGAUUCAUUUAUCUCUACGUUUCCGUUUCAGGGGAACGACGGUGCGACGUUGGUUGCAUAAGCGUCGGGCGUCAAGGGGGUUGGGGCGGCGCCGUUCGUGCGUUCCCGUCGCUCCGUCGCCGUCCAUCCUGUGCAGCGAAGCGAAGCUCUUUCCGGCCGAAACUCUCAGUUCACAGUUUUCGUCCGGUAUCCGAAGAUGGAAGGUUUGGGUGCAUACGGAGGCGGCAAAGCCGGCGGCGCUUUCGAUCCCAUCACUUUCGUGCAGAGGCCCCAGGUCAUCCUUCGCGCGGUUUGCUGGCUGUUCGCGAUAGUCGUGUUUGGAUGCAUUUCCUCUCAAGGCUGGCAGUACAAUCAGCCGCUGAAGAAGGAGGUGUGCCUGUAUAAUGGAGAUAGUAACGCUUGCAAUUACGGGGUUGGCAUCAGCGUGAUUGCCUUCAUCGCCGCAAUGGGAUUCAUCAUCGGCGAAUACCUCUUCGAGCAGAUGUCCUCGGUCAAGACCAGAAAGCAUUACGUUCUCGGCGAUCUCGGUUUCUCCGGUUUCUGGGCGUUCCUCUAUUUCGUCGGCUUCUGGUAUUUGGCGAGCCAAUGGGGAAAAGCACCGGAACCGAUGGGCGGUUACGGCGUCAACAAUGUCCAAGCUGCGAUCACCUUCUGCUUCUUUUCUGUAUUCACCUGGGCUGGCUGUGCGUUCUUCGCUUUCCAGCGAUUCCGGCAGGGCGCGGACGCUGCGUUCGCGACGAAUUACGAAACGGAUACGAGCAUGCCUGCCGCUUACCCCUCGUACCCCGGUGGACCGGAAACGGAGCAGCAGUACCAGGAGCCACCGUUUUCCGGUGGCGCCAUGAACCAACGAGGUCCCGGCGAUUUCCAAGCUCCGGCGUAUUAAGCACGGUCACAAUUGCAGUCAGUAUAAUAAGGAGCACAAACACAUGGACAUUGCGUGUCGUGUGUAUGUGUCUGUGUGAAGGAGAAACCCGAAUGCAUGAUAACAAAUACGGCGAGAGGGAGAGAGAGAGAGAGAGGGAGAGAGCAUUACAUAUAUGUUUCUUUAAUUAGUAAUAACAAUUGAUUUCGUUCGGUUUGGUUGGUCGGUUGAUCGAUUAACAACAACAAUCGAGAGUCCCCUUUGAUCUCUUGUUCAUCUUCGAUGUGAUAUUAAGUUUAGUUCGUCUCUCCUCUCUCUUUCUCCUCGGCAGCAGCUGCAGCAGCAGCAGCAAAAUAACAAAUGACAAACAAAUGACAAAAAUCGGGUCAACUUUAAUUUAUUCCUUCUUUAUUGAUUUUAGUUCCAAUUAAAUGGAGUCGUUUAGCGAUUAGUCGUCAAAGUAGAGGAAGUGUAUAAGUGUAAUAUAUUAAUAAGAGGUAUACAAACAAACAAACAAAAAA